GCGAUCAGAAAAGAAUUGCUGCCCGUGCCCUGCAUCUGCCUUUAUAAAAGCAACUCAGUCCAAAGCAGGCCUAAGGAAGCAGGCACGGAGCCGCUCCUGAAUCUAUCACGAGGGAGCUGUUCUAGCCCUUGGCAGUUGUCUGCUUCUCUCUCUUUGCACCUGUAAGAAUGUCUUUUCCACCUCAUUUGAAUCGCCCUCCGAUGGGAAUCCCAACGCUUCCCCCUGGGAUUCCACCUCCUCAGUUUCCUGGCUUUCCUCCACCUGUGCCUCCUGGGACCCCUAUGAUUCCUGUACCCAUGGGCAUUAUGGCUCCUGCUCCAACUGUGUUAGUUCCUACCACAGUAUCUAUGGUUGGAAAACAUUUGGGAGUCAGAAAAGAACACCCUGGCUUAAAAGUCAAAGAAAAUGAUGAAAACAGCGGUCCCACUACCACCGUUUUUGUAGGCAACAUUUCUGAGAAAGCCUCAGACAUGCUCAUACGGCAGCUUCUAGCGAAAUGCGGCUUAGUUUUGAGUUGGAAGAGAGUACAAGGAGCAUCUGGAAAACUUCAAGCCUUUGGGUUUUGUGAGUACAAAGAACCAGAAUCGACGCUUCGAGCACUGAGACUGCUCCAUGAUCUCCAGAUUGGAGAAAAGAAGCUGCUAGUCAAAGUUGAUGCAAAGACAAAGGCUCAGCUAGAUGAAUGGAAAGCAAAGAAAAAGGCCUCUAAUGGGAACUCCAGACCAGAGACAACGAAUGAUGAUGAGGAUGCACUGGAUGAGGAAACAAAGAGAAGAGAUCAGAUAAUUAAAGGGGCCAUUGACGUCUUAAUACGAGAAUAUUCCAACGAGCUCAAUGCCCCCUCCCAGGAAUCUGACUCUCAUCCCAGGAAGAAGAAAAAGGAAAAGAAGGAGGACAUUUUCCGCAGAUUUCCAGUGGCCCCACUGAUACCUUAUCCACUCAUCACCAAGGAGGAUAUAAAUGCUAUAGAAAUGGAGGAAGACAAAAGAGACCUGAUAUCAAGAGAGAUCAGUAAAUUCAGAGACACACACAAGAAACUGGAGGAGGAAAAAGGCAAAAAGGAGAAAGAAAGACAGGAAAUUGAAAAAGAACGCAGAGAAAGAGAAAGGGAACGGGAGCGUGAACGAGAAAGGAGGGAGCGUGAAAGAGAAAGGGAGCGUGAACGUGAACGAGAGAAGGAGAAGGAACGGGAACGUGAACGAGAACGAGAUAGGGAUCGUGACCGAACUAAAGACCGGGAACGAGACCGCGACAGAGACCGCGACAGAGACCGCGAGAGGAGCUCGGAUCGCACCAAGGAUCGGAGUCGAUCAAGAGAAAAAAGCAGAGACAGAGAAAGGGAACGAGAGCGGGAACGGGAAAGGGAACGAGAGCGGGAACGAGAAAGGGAGCGAGAGCGAGAACGGGAGAGAGAACGAGAGCGGGAACGAGAACGAGAAAAGGAUAAGAAGAGAGAUCGAGAAGAAGAUGAAGAAGAUGCCUAUGAGCGCCGAAAGCUAGAGAGAAAACUGCGGGAAAAAGAAGCUGCGUAUCAAGAGCGUCUUAAAAACUGGGAAAUCAGAGAACGGAAGAAAAGUCGAGAAUAUGAAAAAGAGGCUGAAAGGGAGGAAGAAAGAAGAAGGGAAAUGGCAAAAGAAGCCAAACGGUUAAAAGAAUUCUUAGAAGAUUAUGAUGAUGACAGAGAUGAUCCAAAGUACUACAGGGGUAGUGCUCUUCAGAAGAGGCUACGAGACAGGGAGAAAGAGAUGGAAGCAGAUGAACGGGAUAGGAAAAGAGAAAAGGAAGAACUGGAAGAAAUUCGGCAGCGCCUCCUGGCAGAAGGACACCCAGAUCCAGAUGCAGAACUCCAGAGAAUGGAGCAGGAGGCUGAAAGGCGCAGGCAGCCACAAAUCAAGCAAGAGCCGGAGUCUGAGGAAGAGGAGGAGGAAAAACAGGAAAAAGAGGAAAAAAGAGAAGAGCCAGAGGAAGAAGAGGAGGAACCUGAGCAAAAACCCUGCCUUAAACCAACUUUACGACCCAUCAGUUCUGCCCCGUCUGUUUCUUCUGCUAGUGGAAAUGCAACCCCUAACACACCUGGUGAUGAAUCUCCAUGUGGCAUUAUCAUUCCUCACGAAAAUUCACCUGAUCAACAGCAGCCGGAGGAGCAUCGGCCUAAAAUAGGACUUAGCCUCAAAUUGGGUGCUUGCAAUAGCCCUAACCAGCCCAACGCUGUAAAAAGGAAAAAGCUUGCUGUGGAUAGUGUUUUCAAUAAAUUUGAUGAUGAAGACAGUGAUGAUGUGCCCCGGAAAAGGAAACUUGUCCCCUUGGAUUAUGGAGAUGAGGAUAAAAGCAACCUCAAAGGCAGUGUCAAUACAGAAGAAAAACGAAAGCAUAUUAAGAGUCUUAUUGAGAAGAUUCCCACAGCAAAACCAGAGCUCUUUGCUUAUCCUCUUGACUGGUCGAUUGUGGAUUCAACAUUAAUGGAACGUCGAAUCAGGCCGUGGAUCAACAAGAAAAUAAUAGAAUAUAUUGGUGAAGAAGAAGCUACGCUAGUUGACUUCGUUUGUUCUAAGGUUAUGGCUCAUAGCUCACCACAGAGCAUACUGGAUGAUGUUGCCAUGGUACUGGAUGAAGAAGCUGAAGUUUUCAUAGUCAAAAUGUGGAGAUUGUUGAUAUAUGAAACAGAAGCCAAGAAGAUUGGUCUAGUGAAAUAAAACACGCUCCUUGUUUCUAGGGUUCCAUUUCAAUUUUUUCCCCAUCAUUCAAGGACUUUGAAAUUUCUCUGUUCUCAGAGACUUGAGACCUGUAUUUUUUUAUGUAGAAAAUGUGAAAUUUUUUGUCCUCUGCCCCCUUUCCCCUUCUUGGUUAUAGUUAUCUUAAUCCUGCAUUGGUUCUCUUUAUAAUUCACCAGGUACAAUUACCGGUAUGUUUUAUAAGCUGCAGCUACUGUACAUGCUCUCUGGUAAUCUCGUUAUGCUGUUCUGAUUCUGUAAAUAUUAAAAAGUUGCCCGUUUUGCAAAACAUUUGCACUUAAUGGGGAACUAUAUCACUUACAGACAAAUAGUUUUACUGGAGACUUACCAGCCUUUUUUUGGGUUGUCCUCCCUCUAUUUAAGAAGUGACAAAAACACAAUUGAAAAACAAGUGGUUUGAGCUGCUUUACACAAAACUCUUCUGUGUCACCUUACCUGACUCUGGAAAAAGAGUUCCCAUAGACUUUUUAUCCUGACUUGAAUCAACAAGAGUCUCGGUACUUUGCCUACUUAGAAUUACUAAUGCAGCUGGAAACGGAGCCUCUCCUGCGGAGGCUUUGCUUCUUCCUUAGAAAGAGCAAAUUGCAAAAGGUUUUUUUAUUGUUUGCUCAGUUAGAACAAGAGCAGGACUUCAACGAGCACUAUUUAAUGUGCUUUUGUUUUUUUUUUUAAUUUAACUUAGGAUUUGUUCCUGAGCAAUUUCAUUUUAGCCCUUUCCUAUUUAUCCGUACUGUUUCCAAAAUAAUCAGAUUUUAUUUUCUAUUUUUGUUUUUUUAGAAUUUAGAAAAAGUACUUGUUUGGAAAGUUUGGAGAAUGUCACUGAACAGCAGCAGUUGACAAAGCUGAAGUCUUGUUUUUAAGCGUACUGUUGAACCAGCCCUGACUCUUGUUUUCUUUAAUUGUACUGUAAGCAGACUCGUGCCCAAGAAAAGAGGGUAAUUCUUUCCUGCCUCAUCUGUGUGAGUUUUUAUAAAUAGGCUGAUGUAAUAUAAAUGAUGAGAUGUACUGUACACUGCAUUUUUUAUCUCAUACCCAGGUAAGAAGUCAAAUUAAUGAUGUGC